AUCGGUUUUGUUGAAUGUCAAUAUGAAAUACGGCUGUCCUUAAGCAUGCCUAAUUGUGCAAGUGUAUUAAAAUGUCUAAAUUGGACGCUUAAGACGCGUGAUUUUAAUGCGGAGUCAGCGAUAAGAAUGUUCCUUAUACGUCCAAGCAAAGUGGGUGGAUACAUGGAACAGGAAAGCAUGAGUUGACCAAGUUCUUAAACAUGAUUCGGCGGUUUUGAACCGGAGUUUUGAAUUCCUUUGACAGACGGUCCUAGCUACUCACUGUUCACCGCUUAGACCUUGUGUUGAUUUGAUAUACAGGUCUAAUCUGUUGAAUUGGUAUACUUCAAUAGUAGGAUCAUAGGAUUUACUUCUACAAAUUAUAUCAUUCGAAUGCAACAAUUAGGCUAAAUUGAACUAAGCAGUUAUUUUUUUCCGAACGUUAACAUAAUGCAAAGACGUGAUGCAAUAAUGUGCAGGUGCAAUAAAUCAGGUGUUCUGAACACCGGGUGAAUAGGCUAUAGCCUACAGAAAAGGGUGCUACCAGAGUUGGAGGCUUUGAAAUGGCUGGCGAAACGAACCUUUUAACUGGGCGCAGUCUGCGAGAAAAGAAAAGAUCAUACAAGGACUUUCUCACAGAAGAUGAACUGGAGGACGAACUUGAUAUUGCGGAGCAAAACACAGCUCAGAAGUCACACAAGGACUCAAAUACACAUUUCAAGAAAAGAAAACACCCAGCGAGCCACACCUACAGCUGGACCAACGGCAGUCUGGACAUGUAUGAGACAGCCUCCCCUCACUUCCUAACCACCUACCAGACGUGUGACUCACCGGACGAAUGGAGGGAGGGGGAGGGAAGUAGUGAGGCUAGGGAGGAAUCCAUUCCAAUGUACUGGGUGUACGUGGACGACAAACUUGGCCAAUCGGAGGCCUCUGCAGUUGGUCACAUGACAGCUGAGGUGUCCCCUUCGUCGAAGGAUCCGGAUCUGAGACCUAUAGAGGCUGCAGCCCACUUGCAGCUGUUGGGAGAAUCCUUGUCUCUGAUUGGUCACCGGCUCCAGGGGACCAUGGAGAUGGUAACACUGUCGGGGAGUCUGUCUCUCCUGCUGGACUCUCUCCUGUGUGCCCUGGCUCCACUGGCCGGCCUUACCUCUCAAGUACCUGAGCUGAACAGCUGCCCCUCUCACACACUGGCUGACACUCUGGACAACAUUGCCUACGUAAUGCCUGGCUUGUAAAUUCUGAGAUGACCCCAUACUUCAAACACAGGAAGUUGAAGCAUUUCCACAGGAAGUUGAAGCCUUUCCACCGGAAGUUGGGAUUGGUUUGGGGCUUUAUGGAAGAAAUGGACAACCAAAAAAGAAAGAUUAUGUUAUGUAAAAGAGGAGAGGGAUUAUGGUAUAGCCCAGUCUGCACUAAGUUCUGAUUACAGUUCAUAUUUAUUUUCAUUUAACCAUCCUAUUAUUUGUGUGUUCUAUUAAAAUAUCUAAUUCUAAG